CAAGUACUAUUCCCUAUGAUUUCACCACUUAGUCUUUUGUUUUUUCCCUCUCGACUUACCUUCAGUUCUGGUAAAUCCGCCAUUGUUGUGAAACUGAAGUGCGCAUGCUCUAUAGGGAAAAUGGCGACUAGAUCGGUUCUCAGAUUUUCGGGAUCGAUCAAUCAUCUCCUAGGGCCCUUGUUAAGUCGACGAAGCCCAGCACUAACAUGCUCGGUCAAUCUAAAGACAAAAGCCUUUGAAACAGAGAAUGAAAGGCAAAAGAGCUUGGUACCCUACAGAACACAGAGCACAGAUGCCAGAGCUCAGGUGGUGCAGCCGGGUCCACGGGAGCCAUACUCCCCCCAUCAGCACCCUGAAAACAACAUGGACUUUGUCAUGGCCAGGGCUGAUGAUCUGUUGAACUGGGGAAGGAGGACUUCAAUAUGGCCCAUGACAUUCGGUCUUGCAUGCUGUGCUGUGGAAAUGAUGCAUUUUGCUGCCCCUCGUUAUGACAUGGAUCGAUUUGGAAUUGUAUUUCGUGCUAGUCCUCGUCACUGUGACGUCAUGAUUGUUGCAGGCACUUUAACAAACAAAAUGGCACCUGCUUUGAGAAGGGUAUAUGACCAGAUGCCUAACCCUCGAUGGGUAAUCUCCAUGGGGAGCUGUGCCAAUGGAGGGGGAUAUUAUCAUUAUUCAUACUCAGUUGUCAGAGGCUGUGACAGAAUCGUUCCAGUUGAUAUUUAUGUACCAGGCUGCCCCCCUACAGCAGAGGCUCUCCUCUACGCCUUUCUACAGUUACAGAAAAAGAUCAAGAGGAUGAAAGCGUGCCAGAAUUGGUACCGCCGUAAUUACUACAACCCCAAGAAGAGAGGCAUGUUAAUCGAGCCAAAGGACGUCCCUUUCCAGAAGUUAUUUAAUCUAGUGAAGAUGAAGGCACAGCCCAAACCUUUGGAUUAGAUAAACAAACAAUAUUUUUCAGAUGUUGGUUGAUCAUACAUCUUGGAUCUGUAUUUGACAAUUGGACAGAGAAAGUGACAUCCAGAACACAUGUAUGCGAUUUAAAUCGACUGUUAUUGCACUUAAAUGUGUUAUUAAAAAAAAAAUUGAG